AUUGUUGCGUUGUUGUCAUUCAAUUAAACUGAAUCGGCUGUUGCAGCUAACAGUGAGUUUUGUGAGAUAACUAGAAAAGACUGUGAAGAUAUUUUGCGGAGAACAUGUUGAUCUUAGCGUUGGUUGUAAUUUCGCUGUUUUACCUAAUCUACAUGCGACAACAGCAAAUGUCCACCAUGAAAAGAUUGGGCAUUCCCGGUCCGAGACCGAACUUUAUUUUCGGUCAUUUAAUUGAAAUUGUCAGCGAAGGAUUUAACAGCCUAUUCCCCAAAUGGACCAAGAAGUACGGACCGAUUGUCGGUUUUUACAUCGGUGGACGACCGCAGCUGUUGGUCACCGAUCUGGAAUUGAUUCGUCGAGUGUUGGUCAAAGAUUUUCAAAUAUUCAGCAACCGAAGUGAAUGGAUACCGGGCGGCAUUCAUCCCACACCAACGUUACAGAAAAUGAUGCUGUGGGCUCGCGAUAAUGUUUGGAAGAAUUUGCGUGCCACCAUAUCGCCAUCGUUUUCGCCGCACAAAUUAAAUGCCAUGGAGCCGUUGAUGAUGAUAUCCAUUCGUAAUUUGUUCGAUGAACUGGAUGAUAAGGCCGGCAGUGGACGUGAGUUUAAUCUGAAGCCACUGAUAUCGGAUAUGACGUUUUCCAGUGCAUCCAAAUGUAUUUUCGGACUCAAUAUGUCGCUGAAACAGCUGUCAACCGAAGCGGAAAGCUUCGCAGCAUCGUCUGGUCCACGCUUGGAAAAAUCAAUGCUAGCAAUGACGAUGAUGCUAUUUCCAUCGCUGACAUUCAUUGUUUAUCCGCUAAGGGUUUGUUGGGAACGACUUCGAAUGUUCAUGUUAUGGUCGGCUGACGGUGUAACUUAUGACGUUGCGAGGAAAAUCGUUCAAACUCGACGGGCUGCCAAGUCGGAGUCUAAUGAUUUUCUGCAAUUGCUAAUGAAUGCUAAGCGAAUUCAGACAACCACCGACGCAAACUUGGAAAUGUCAGCCUCAGCCGACGAUGUUAAAGCGAACCAAAAUUUAUUGGGCAAACAGACGCACAGUGAAAGCCUAUCCGAAGAAGAGAUCCUAUCGAAUGCAAUGCUGUUCCUGUUGGCUUCAUACGAAACAACAUCUCUGACCCUUCAGUUUUGUCUGCACAAUUUGGUGAAUCAUCAAAGUGUCCAAGACAGAUUAAGAACUGAACUUCGGAAAGCAGUUGCCCCGGACAAAAAAACCAUUAAAUCCGCUGACCUUUCCACAGUUCCACUACUAAAUCAGAUUAUCAACGAAACGCUUAGAAUGUUCCCGCCUGUAGCUCCGUUCACAACAAGAGUGGCGAAUGAGGAUUACAGAUAUGAGGACAUUCGAAUACCGAAGGGAACCAGUAUAUUCAUCGGGGUGUCGUCCAUUCACAAGGAUCCAACAUUUUGGCCCGAACCGGAAAAAUUUCGACCGGAGCGAUUUGAGCGGGAACUCGAUGAAAAGUUGGCCUUUUUACCGUUUGGUGGCGGACCGAGAAAUUGUAUUGGCAUGCGGUUCGCUUAUAUGGAAGUUCAGUUAGUUUUGGCAAACUUAAUCCUGCAGUACAGAUUCGAACCGGGACCGUCAACCGAAAAGGAUCCCAUUGAGACGGAGGAAACGUUUGUGACGUUACUACCGAAGAAUGGCGUAUUUUGUAGAGUAACUAAAAUUGAAGAAUGAAAUCAAUAAAUUUCGAUCAGAAAAUC